AUGGCUUUCCCCCGGGGACGGUGCCUGAUGUACAGGAUGUACAGGAGUUGGUCAGGACCCAUCAGAAAGACAGCCCCACCGCUGUUGGGCUCCCUCACCCGAUGGCUGAUGCUGAGCACACAGAGGAGAAUUCCAGAUUUCAAUAGUUUUGCUGUCCGGACCAAUACUUGUGGAGAAUUGCGUUCCUCUCACUUGGGCCAAGAAGUCACUUUGUGUGGAUGGAUUCAGUACAGAAGGCAAAGUCUUUUCCUGAUCCUGAGAGAUUUCCACGGGCUAAUUCAAGUCGUCAUUCCCCAAGAUGAGUCAGCUGCCUCCGUGAAGAAGCUAUUAUGUGAAGCUCCUAUAGAAUCUGUUGUUCAGGUUACUGGAACUGUUAUCUCUCGGCCUCCAGGGCAGGAAAAUCCAAAAAUGCCAACGGGUGAAAUUGAAAUCGAAGUGAAAACAGCAGAGCUUUUGAAUUCCUGCAAGAAGCUGCCUUUUGAGAUUAAGGACUUCAUGAAGAAAACAGAAGCUCUUCGUAUGAAGUAUCGCUACUUAGACUUACGUAGUUCCCAAAUGCAGUAUAAUCUAAGACUGAGAUCCCUGAUGGUCAUGAAAAUGCGGGAAUACCUCUGUAAUCUGCAUGGGUUUGUGGAUGUUGAAACACCAACAUUAUUUAAGAAAACUCCAGGGGGUGCAAAAGAAUUUGUGGUGCCAUCAAGGGAACCUGGAAAGUUUUAUUCUCUUCCUCAGAGUCCUCAACAGUUCAAGCAGCUUUUGAUGGUUGGAGGUUUUGACAGAUACUUCCAAGUUGCCCGUUGUUAUCGAGAUGAAGGUUCUAAGCCAGAAAGGCAACCUGAAUUUACCCAGGUUGACAUAGAGAUGUCUUUUGUAGACCAGGCCGGAAUCCAGAAAUUAAUUGAGGGUUUGCUUCAGUAUUCGUGGCCUAAGGACAAAAAUCCUCUUACUAUUCCUUUCCCUUCUAUGACUUACACUGAGGCUUUGAACUUAUAUGGGACUGAUAAACCAGAUACUCGCUUUGGAAUGAAGAUUGUUGAUGUCAGUGGCAUGUUUAACACAGAGAUUGAAUUUCUUCAAGAUAUGCUGAAGGAGCCCCGAGGCACCGUCAAAACCGUCUGUAUUCCUGGAGGGGCAAAAUAUUUGAAAAGUAAAGACUUUGAGGCCAUUAAGAAAUUUGCUGUUAACCAUUUUAAUCAGGAGGUUUCACCCUUAUUUCUGAAAACCAGUGGAAGUGGAAAGUCUCCAUUUACCAAGCUCUUAAAGGAAGAGGAGAAAACAGCCCUAAUCAGUCUAACAGGGGCCCAGGAGGAUGAUGUGCUCCUGUUAACUGCUGGAGAGCACAAGAAGGCGUGUUCUGUAUUAGGAAAAUUACGCCUGGAAUGUGCUGACCUUCUAGAAGCCAGAGGAGUAGUGCUUCGUGACCCAGCUGUGUUCCACUUCCUUUGGGUGGUGGAAUUUCCACUCUUCCUUCCUAAGGAAGAGGAUCCCACAGAACUAGAGUCAGCCCAUCAUCCGUUUACUGCUCCUCACCCCAGCGACAUCCACCUCCUCUACACUGAGCCAGAAAAGGUUAGAAGCCAACAUUAUGAUUUAGUGCUGAAUGGCAGUGAGAUAGGAGGUGGCUCCAUCCGAAUUCACAAUGCAGAGCAGCAACAGUAUGUCCUGGAAGCAGUGUUAAAGGAGGAUGUUAAACUGCUCUCUCACCUACUUCAGGCUUUAGAUUUUGGGGCACCGCCCCAUGGAGGAAUUGCUUUAGGGCUAGACAGACUUGUGUGCCUUGUCACUGGAGCACCAAGCAUAAGAGAUGUCAUUGCCUUUCCAAAGUCCUUCCGGGGACAUGACCUGAUGAGCAAUGCCCCAGAUUAUGUAUCUCCUGAAGAUAUAGAGCCCUACCACAUCCAGGUCAAGAGGCCAGAAGUCACAGACAGGGAAGAUGUCAAGUCUGUCAUCUGUGAAACUGAGUCUUCACAACAGUUGGUCUUUCCAAGCCUUGCCACGACUGAGAAUCCCUUGGAAAAGUUGGCUUUGGGCCAAACUCCUGAGCUUUUGGAAAGAAGGAAAUCCAGCAAAUACCCAGAUAACCAGUGAAGAAGGAAUGGAACAUAUGGAAGGUGUCUCCUUUUCUCUCAGUAAUAGAGCGCAUGGGUGCCACAGACUGAAAGCUUCCGUGCCCAUUGGAUGGAGAGGGUGGGUGAGAAAGACUCCUCUCUGAGAUAAGUCAUGGCGUCGUGCCCGCUAAUCAUGGCUCUCCAGGACACCAGUCACUACCCGCUCGUGCAUCCUUUGGAGCAAAAACGAUCAAAAUUGUGUCUGGGGUGGAAAAUGUUACAGUCGCUGUGAUUGUAGGGUCAGGACGGUAUGGUCUUAUUGUCACCCUGGCAGAACUGGCUAAAUUGUAGUGUUUUAAUUUCAGAAUGGGAGGGAGAAUGAGUACCAAGCAAGAACCAGCUGCAGGUCCGGGGGCCCCAGGGUCAUCUCACCUCUCCCAGCCUCAGUUUCUUUAUCUGCCAACUAAUCAUGAUACCACUUGUUCACCUACCUCACAAGGGGGUUAUGAGGAUGAAAUGGGAUAAUAUCCAUUGAAAAAUUAAAGUGCUAUGCAUCUGUUAGGUGCUAUUAUUAACUACCAAAAAUAUAUACAUAGAGGCAGCUAAUCAGCUGUAUAUUACGACAAAAGCCCAAGCAAAGACUAAUGUCAAUAGACUUAUAGAUCAGCUGUUUAUGUUGUUUUAAAGAAUAACAAUUUAAUCAGUAAAUGUGAUCCUUUACUUUGAGUAAAAGCACUAUUAUGUGGCAGUACUAAUUAAGAUGUGCAUGACAUGGCAGAGAGAACACAAGGGUCAGGCGCUGACUGCCACACUACCUGUGCCUUGCAGGGUCAGGACUCUGACAUUCAGCUACAGUUCCUGAAUUAUCAAUCUCAGGAGAUUAUUAUGAGGAAAACAUUUCAUGGCCUAUAAAAUAGCGCUUCAUAAAUGUGACCUUAAUGGUAUUAAUGAAACAGAAGAAGGUCGGUUCAGUUAAUGAAUGAUUAGAGUUGACAAUAGAAAUACAAACAGGAAUAUGAUUAAUUAUACUUUCCUAACUUACCUUAAAUUGGACUAUAUGCAUUUAGUCUAGAAUUUUAAAAUAGCUUGAUGUACCUGGCUAUUUUUCAUUAGGUUACGUGCAGCCAAGAGAUAUAAAUCUUGGGCCUAUGAUCUAGUCAGCUAAAAAAAUUUUUUUUUGUGAAUAAAAUUUGUCUUCAUUUA